AUGGACCAGAUUAAAUCAUUACUUCGUGAAGCUGGUUCCAACAUAGUCGGGCCGUCUGUUUGUUCCCUUUUCUUUGCUAAGUGGGGCUUUCAAGCUAAAGAGGCGGGUGAAUUGGAUCCCAAAUUUUCAGUUGCAGCGUUUUGCUAUUCUGGGAUGUAUAAACCUUCAGAAAUUCCUUCUUUCCUUCACUACCAGUAUGACUUAAGAAUUCUUGCUAUUGAUAGAAAUCAAUUGCCAGGAAACUUUCCAACUUGGUUGUUAGAGAAUAACACCAGACUUGGAGGACUUUGUGCUAGAGAUAAUGCUUUAAUUGGACCGUUGGAGUUGCCAUCAACUUCUCUUCCCCAUCUACAUACUAUUGAUGUUUCUAAUAACAAACUAAAUGGACAUAUUUCAACAAACGUAAGUUCAGCCUUCCCAAACCUUACUAUUCUGAACAUGUCACAAAAUUUGUUGGAAGGCCCUAUAAAUUCCAAGGUUAGCGGCAUUCAUUUACGAAUUCUAGACCUAUCUCAAAAUUUCUUGUCGGGAGGAGUUCCUAGUGAUCUGACUAGUUCUCCAACAUUGUUCUACCUUCGGCUGUCAAACAACAGGUUGAAAGGGCAAAUAUUUUUGAAGGAUUUCAGAUCAGGUACACUAUCUUUUUUGUAUUUGAAUGGCAAUAACUUUGAGGGACCACUACCUAGUAACAUUUUUCUUAGAGCCUUUAUUGUACUGGAUGCUAGCAACAAUAAUUUCUCUGGAGAGAUUCCGAAAUGGAUUAGAGAUAAUUCAAGAAUCUUACAACUUGAUUUUUCCAAAAAUCAACUUGAAGGCUCGAUUCCAGUUGAAAUUUGCAAUUUGAAGAGCAUUAAGGUCUUAGCUAUGUAG